CGGCACCGCCCACGGCCAAGUCGGAAGCGGGGAAAGGGCAACGGGGCGAGAACUCGCGUCGUCGGUUUGAUCCUCCUCGUAUGACAAUCUCGCCCCAGUUUGUGCGGCUUUGGUUUUGUUUUCUCUUGAUCCUUUUUUAGAUUUCUGCCUCGUCCGUUCUUGAUCGAGCAUGGACGAGUUGGGGGGUUUGGUUUCUUGCUGACUGGGUCUGUUCUUGGUGGUAUAAUGCUUUAGUUGCCGUCUCGGAAGCCGGCCUGAUGGCGUUCGAGAUAAUUACGGCUCGAAAGGCUUUUUCUUGAAGGAUUUCUCUAGCUCUUUGUGUUGGAUCUUCUUGGUAUUAUGAUGCUUUUCUUUGCCUUCUCGGAAGCGUUUUGAGGUAGUUAGGGCUCUUUCUUUCGUUUCUUGAAGCAGUUUUUGGCUUUUUUUGUGUGUUUGAUCGUUUCUGUGGUUCGUCUGCGUUUGAAGUCAUUGUUCUCAUUGCUGGAGGGUUUGGUGUUAUGACCCUUCCUUGGGGGCGCUCUUAUAAGAAAGAGAGACGCUUGCCACCGGAUUUCUUCCUGGUUCCUGGAUACCAAUCGGCCCAUCCUCCUAGGGAAGGCGGUGAACAGAACCAAGCCCCAAUUCUGAACUUGUCGACGGAGAAGAGGCACCUCAUACUCAGACCUGUGUCUGUUAGACAUGACCGGCUGUAUCCUCAAUAGCGCGGGAAACUCCUCCGGGCCUAGUGUUGGGGCAAGCUCAAUAGUCAAUGACGCCAACUCGGCUCUCUCUGGGACACAGUUGCAGCGCAGCGUCAGCAUCAACAAUGAGCCGUGCAUGCGCCUCCCAGCCUCACCCAUGUCAUUUUCAUCAAACAGCACAUCAGAUUCUUGGGUGAUGGAUGGCUCCAUCAUGCAGCAGAGCCUGGGUAGCGAGCAUGCACGCAAGCGAGCUGCAUCGAGUGCCAUAUCUGAGAUUAUAGCACAGGCACCUGACGAUUCAGUGCAUAUUUCAAAAAAAGCAAGGCUUGAUUUGAAGGAUGAUAUCAUGCAGCGGAUGGUGAUCCAGCAACUGCUGCAGGGCUCAGAGCCAGAGCCAGAGCUGCAUGGUCAUCAGAAUCCGCAGCUGCAUGCUAUGUUACAACAGCAGAGAUUAACCCAGCUUCAACAGCACAUGAUGCAGUCUUUUCCGCAGACUCAGCAAGCACCUAUCACCUUUCAACAGCAACAACAGCAGAGGAACCAUUUGCAGCAGCGGCCUGUUGAGGUAGCUGCCCCUGCCAAUCACAAUUUUGAUGUGAAGAAAGGUUCUUGUCGAGUGAUGCAGUAUUUGUAUCAUCAACGGCAUCGCCCAGCUGAUAAUUCCAUACUAUACUGGAGAAAAUUUGUUGCAGAGUAUUUUGCACCACCAGCUAAGAAAAGGUGGUGUUUAUCAUCGUACAACAAUGUUGGCAACCAUGCUCUUGGUGUUUUCCUGCAGUCAGCUAAGGGCACAUGGAAUUGUGAUCUUUGUGUUGUGAACUCUGGAAAAGGAUUUGAGGUUACUUUUGGAAUACUUCCCCGAUUUUUCCAAAUUAAAUUUGAAAGUGGGCUUGUUGAUGAAAAUUUGUUUCUUGGCAUGCCACGUGAGUGCCAUUUGUCUAAAGGAUUCAUUGUGAUGGAGUAUGACAAAGUGGCCCUUGAAAGUGUUUAUGAACAUUUACGUAUUGUUCGUGAAGGGAUACUUCGAGUUAUAUUUACUCCAGAAUUGAAGAUACUAUCCUGGGACUUCUGUGUUCAACGUCACGAAGAAUUUCUUCCUCGUAGAGUGCUAGCACCCCAAGUUGACCAAUUGUUGAAAGUUGCACAGAAAUAUCAAACUUCUGUAAACAAGAAUGGAUCUGCCAGAGUCCCACAUCAAGAAUUGCAAGCCUGCUGCAAUUUGUUUACAAAAGCAGGUCAUCAGCUAACAAGAAAUUUGGAACUACAAUCAAUGAAUGAAUUAGGGUUAUCCAGGAAAUAUGUACGAUUCAUACAGAUAUCUGAGGUGGUAAAUAGCAUGAAAGACUUGUUUGAUUUUAGCAAGGAGCAUUACAGUGGACCUAUAGAGAGCUUAAAGAACUAUACAACUCAGGCUGCAGCCUACCUCCAAAGGCAAAAAUUGCAGGAGAUGGACCAAUCAGUUGCGGUUCACAGUCUGCCAUCUGAUCAAAGCAUGCUGAAAAGGCAUGGGCGUUCAUCCAGGGUUAGGCAAUCAUAUGAACAAGUUGGUGUCCAGACAUGUCCCUUCAUGACAACCGAGCGAGCGCGAGACCAGACCUACUGAGUGGCACUCCCAACUUGACUCAGAUCAUUGUUCGACAGGAACAAUUAGGCCAACAAGAACAACCUAUGCAAUUUCAGGGUUCAGCUUCAUCAAUUCAGGUUAAUGCCUGCGUUGAUAGUAUCUCGGGGCAGCUUCACCAGCCAUCAUAUGGUUGCUUGCUUCCACAGAACAGUCUGCAUUUCACCCAGGUGAACCAACAACACUUGCACCAAAAUGCAACUCGAGAAAUGAUAAAUAACAACAAAAGAAGAUCACAGCAGAACUCCCAGUACAAAUGGUUCGGUAGCUGCAGAGGUAAUCGGAUGCGGCAUUCAAGUCAGGAUGAACCCUGGGUCUGUCGGAAACGGAACCAAGUUUUCCAAUAUGCACACUGGCAUGGCUGCUAGUUCGAUAGUGACAGUAUUAACUCGAGUGGAGUUGAUCCAGAACGUGGUUCUUGCAGAAGUGGACCUCAUUGCUGAAGAUUUUGAGCAUGGAAUGUCCCAUGGUGACUUUAAUGGCAUGGGUGAUGGAUGGUUGGGAUGCUUGAGAACUGUAAAAUUUCAUAUAGUUAGUAUACCAUUUGAGUAGUUAAAACAGUUGCGGUAGCAUUUGGUAUAUUUAGAACCUAUAGUUUGAUUGCUGACAGUUUUGAGUUUUGUCAUCGAGAAUUCAUGCCGCCA